AUUCACGCGUCGAAUCAUGAUUUUGUUAACAUUCACAACGAACACACACAAAUAAAAACAGGCCUCAGAUUUUAAAUGUAACAUUAAUUAAAAAUCCGAGAUAUCCAAUUAUGAGUGAGUGAAUUAAUUGAGUUUAGUUAUUUCGCUUAGAAAGAAUUUCUUUUAUUUUUGUUAUUAUUGGCAGUAAUCAGAUAAAGCUGUUUUUUUAUCUUAUUCACCUGAUAUCUUACUCUUGCUCAAAGAUUAUUUUGAAAAUGUUGAUUAAAUAAAAUUGUAUUGUUGCAUUUCCAGUCCUUUUGUUUUCUAUUUUUUAUUCUAUUUUAUGAUUUUGUUUCAGAGUUGUGAUUUUUAAGGAAAUUAAAUAAUAAUUUUCUAAAAUAUAACAUGCACAUACUUUUUUUGAUCAUUGUAUUGUUGAUUAUCAUUCACGUCACAUCGCUUCGGAAUAGAAACCAGUUUAAUUUACACUAUGUUGUGUAUUGUGCUUAAAUUAUGGAUUGUAUUCAUCAUUUCGGUCCAUAUAAAUAAUUAUAUGGCACCUACCUAUUUAUCGCAGUACUGCGAGUUGACAACCCUUACAAAUAUCCCAAUUUAACCCUUAACCGUGUCAAUUUACCCCGGACGCUGGGUAAAUUGGGACGGCCAUUAUUUUACCGAUUAUUUCUUUAAAAUUAAUAAUUAAAAUAAUGUAACGGUUUUUAUCCCCUAGGUACGUUCAAGACUCAACUUAUUUCUUUGGUUGAGCAGUGACUAUUUAAUUGGAACUAUUUUAAAAUUCAAUCUGAAGGUCGAUUUUGUCCCUAUUUACCCCAUUGUACGGUACCUAUGUACUCGUUAUCAGUGAUAGGGAUUCUCUUUUCCAACAGAAAAGGCGAAGAUAUCGAACCGUGCGGCCUUUUUUAGUUUACUGUAUUUAAUUAUGAUUAAAUUAUAUCAAACGACAUGAGAUAGGAUGAAAUAAAUCCUGCUCCUCGGUUGGUUAACGUUUUUGAAGAACUAGGAAGCCUUGUCGAGUGACUGGUUCAUUUCCCCACAUUUGUGCACUUGCACAGAUGCUAAACGGUGAAUAAACCACCAUAUUACAGGUUUAAACCUGGAGAAGUUCUAAAUUAAUAAAGUAAAACAAUUCAUAAAACUUCAGGCCGCGCAUUCCCGCCAAAGUCUUAGAACAUUUUUUGAAAUUUUUGAGUUGUAAUAAUGCAGCAUUGUACAUUGUACAGAUUCAGCAUAAAUUGUAACUAGGUACUACCGUACUGUAAUAAUCUGUGAUGUUUAUUUUCAAUUUGAUAACAAGUGAACUUAAGUUGAUAAGAUAAUUUUGCUAAUUAAAGUACAGGUUAUUGCUAACUGUGAUUACUGUAAUUAUAAAUACCAUUAGUAUAUUGCGAAAAUGUUAUUAAGUAAAUUAAAAUUGAGAUCCUUCAUUGUUAGAGUUGUAAAUACCCGAAAUCUAGCCACAAAGAUACAACAACUGAACGAAAAUGUGAAUCCUGUUGUAUUUGAGAAACUUACUGGGGUAGAUAAGGGUAUCGCAUUAUGCGGUCUCAACAGCCCUAAAGACAGGAACGCACUCGGAUUUACCCUCAUAGAUGCGAUGCGCGAGGUCAACCAGAUCAUUCGAGAAGAUACCAAACUGUCUGUUGUUAUCUUUCAUAGUAUGGUUCCGGGAAUUUUCUGCGCUGGAGCUAACCUAAAAGAACGCUUAAAAAUGUCCGAUGAAGAGGUAGCCAAAUUCGUUCGAGGGCUUAGAGAAACUUUUAUUGAAAUCGAAGACUUGCCCAUGCCAACCAUAGCUGCUGUGGAAGGAGUGGCUGUUGGUGGAGGGUUGGAAUUAGCCUUGGCAUGUGACAUCAGGAUAGCAGCAGAUACUGCUAAACUAGGUCUUGUCGAGACUGGUAGAGGUCUUAUUCCCGGUGCUGGAGGUACCCAGAGACUACCAAGAACUAUUCAGCUACCAAUUGCUAAAGAGUUGAUAUUUACAUCAAGAAUUGUUAGUGGAAAGGAAGCUAAAGCAUUAGGCAUAGUGAAUCAUGUGGUCGCACAAGACACUGCAAACAAAGCAGCCUUUGAGAAGGCCUUGAGCAUUGCACGAGAAAUCAUCCCGAAUGCCCCCAUAGCCCUCCGUUGUGCAAAACAAGCUAUCAGUGAAGGCAUACAGCUGAGUAUCAAGGAUGGUUAUGAGAUAGAACAGAAAUGCUACGAAAUAAAUAUUCCAACUAAAGACAGACAGGAAGGCAUGAUUUCAUUUAUGGAAAAAAGAAAACCUGUUUAUGAGGGACAUUAGCUAACAUUUUUUUAAAAGAAAUUUAUCAAUACUUAUUCAAACUCUUCAAUUUGUUUACAUGUUGACUAUUGAUACAAUUUUAAAUUGUUUUUAUUUUUUUAUAACUUAAAAAUAUAUAAUUUGUUACUAAAUGUUUAUAAAUAUAACUUUGUUAAUUUUAAA